AUGAAUCGGAGUUUCAGGGCUCAGGAGUCGCAAAUGCACUCUGCAUUGAAGCGUAGGGAGCAGCAACUUGGGGGUUUUAGGGCUUCGGUGAUGAAGGAGAAGGAGGAGGAACUCGCAAUGUUUCGGGAGAUGAAGAAGCGCGAGAAGGAGCGGAAUGAUCUUCUGCUCAACAGCUCCGAGGAGUUCGAUGCACCUCUAGGGUCGAAUGCUGGCGCUAAUCCCAUAUUUAGCAUUUCUUCUUCUACUCCUGCUCCUGUGAGGAAGACCGGUGUUGAUGAUUUUCUCAAUUCGGAGAAUGAUAAGAAUGACUAUGACUGGCUUCUCACUCCUCCUGGUACUCCUCUUUUUCCUUCUUUGGAAAUGGAAGGUCGAAAGACUGUUAUGAGUCAGCUUGCUACUCCAACUACACGUCCUGUAGCAUUAAAGUCCAGGUUAUCAAAUCAUCAAUCAGAGCCUGCUGGGAAGACUAAUUUAGUAUCUAAACAACCUUCUUCCUCUCCUGGGUUGAGCUCUUCAAGUGGUGGAACUAGGAGACCUUCAUCAUCAGGGGGUCCGGGAUCACGACCUGCAACUCCUACUGGGCGCCCUACACUAACUGCAUCUUCAAAAUCAUCAAGACCUUCGACCCCAACACGAUCUACCUUACCUUCAACUAGGUCCAUGGCUGCUACAUCCAAGAACACAAUUUCCACCAUGAAACCUGCAGUUUCUACCACAAAGCCUUUGACUUCUGCCACUAAGACUCCAGUCCCUGCUGUUAAAUCCACAAUUCCUUCAAGAUCUUCUACACCUUUGUCAAGAUCUGCUGCAAGAUCUUCUACACCAACUAGCAGGCCUACAUUACCUCCUUCCAGGUCCACAUCAAGAGCAUCUACCCCAACCUGGCGACCCUCCUUACCGUCAAGUGAACCCAGUAUAUCUACUUCUUCAGUUAAAGCUUCUUUGAGCCCCAAGCCAGCUACUGUGGCAUCAAGGCAGGCAACUCCUGUGACAACAAGAAAGCCAGCUCCUGUGAACUCAAGGCAGCCACCAGUUCCAUCACGUGGUACUUCACCAACAGUGAGAUCAAGACCAUGGAAGCCGUCUGACAUGCCAGGUUUUUCACUUGAUGCCCCACCUAAUUUGAGAACAACAUUACCUGAUAGGCCACUAUCGGCAACUAGGGGCAGGCCUGGAGCACCAACUUCAAGGUCUUCAUCUGUUGAGCCUUCUUCUAGUGGAAGACCCAGACGACAAUCAUGCUCUCCUUCAAGAGGACGGGCUCCCAAUGGCGUUGUUCAUAUCAGUGGAAACUCUAUGCCGGCAGUUAGUCGUGGGCGCACCACCAAAGUAAAUGACAAUGUUAGUCCAGUUUUAAUGGGCACCAAAAUGGUUGAGAGGGUAAUAAAUAUGCGAAAACUAGCACCACCAAUGAUUGAUGACAAAAACUCUCCACGUAGUAAUCUAUCCGGCAAGUCAACUUCAUCUCCAGAUAGCUCAGGUUUUGGAAGAACACUUUCAAAGAAGUCCUUGGAUAUGGCUAUUAGGCAUAUGGAUAUAAGGAGAACCAUUCCAGGCAAUUUACGGCCAUUAAUGACAAAUAUUCCAGCAUCUUCUUUGUAUAGCGUGAGGUCUGGAUCUCAUCAUGGCCGAACAAUCAGUGUUUCAGGCUCUCCUCAUGCCACAAGCAGUAAUGCUAGUUCUGAACUGAGCGUUAACCAAAAUGGAAUUUGUUUAGAUAGCAGUGAAGUAGAUGAUGAUAUUGGCAGUGAGAGAUGUGGUCAAUCCCCUGCCAGUGUUCGGGGAAGGUAA